AUGAUGGCGAUGCCGUACUUCAGACGCAGGCCCUUCGUGGUCUUGCUCGCGCUGUUCGUCGCCUUCCUGGUCUUCAAGAGCUAUCAUUCUUCCCACCGCCAGCCACCAACGACCUUCAGACAGCCUGAGGGACCAUUCUCCUGGGCUCAUGUACCCCAGCGAUAUGCAGUUCGCUCCAUGAUCCAGAUGCCUCGUGGCAACCCUAGCAGCAUUCCGCUGAUUCAGCACCGUUUCUCGGGCAAGGAGAGCGAGGAUGCGCGCCGGGUGCGGCUCAUGCGGCUUGAGGCUGUCAAGGGGAACUUCUCGCACGCCUGGAACGGCUACAAGGCACAUGCCUGGAUGGCCGAUGAGGUUGCCCCGUUGUCUGGCAAGGCUUUGAACCCGUUUGGUGGAUGGGCGGCCUCCUUGGUUGACGGGCUCGAUACGUUGUGGAUAAUGGGUCUGCACGAUGAAUUUACUGAAGCUGUCAAGGCGAUUGAUGACAUUGACUUUAGCAAUUGUACUCUGGAGGAAGUUAAUGUCUUUGAAACUACCAUCCGCUACCUCGGGGGCCUCCUCGGAGCUUACGAUGUAAGCGGGCAAAAGUAUCCUUCUCUGCUGAAGAAGGCGGUCGAAAUAGGCCAGAUGCUCUAUGUCGCCUUUGACACCCCCAAUCGAAUGCCCAUUGCCCACUGGGACUUCAAGAAGGCUGCUAGUGGCGCCAGACCCCGCGCCAGUGACCAGAUGCUGGUCGCUGAGAUCGGGUCGCUCACCCUGGAAUUCACUCGUCUUACCCAGCUCACAGGGGAUCCACAGUACUUCGAUGCGGUGCAGAGGAUAAUGAAUGCCUUUGACAAGCAGCAGAGCAAGACUAAGAUUCCCGGGAUAUGGCCGUUUAUGAUCGAUGCACAGGCUAUGAAUUUCCACGAAUCUACCAGAUUUACUAUCGGAGGCAUGGCAGAUUCCUUGUAUGAAUAUCUUCCAAAGCAAUAUAUUUUGCUCGGUGGAGCUUCUCGGCAAUAUGAGAAGCUCUACAAGGGUGCGUUUGCCGCCAUGGAUCGUAAUAUCUUCUUCCGCCCCAUGACCAAGGACGGUGAAGAUAUUCUGUUCCCCGGUGACGUUACGGCAAGCAAGAGGAUACCUCUGUCCGAACUUCACCCGGAACCCACAGCUCAGCACCUUAGUUGCUUUGCAGGCGGGAUGGUCGCUCUAGCGGCCAAAGCUUUUGAAAAUAGCGAAGAUAUGGAGACGGCUAGGAAACUUGUCGAAGGCUGUCUAUGGGGGUACGAAAAGAGUAGUAUGGGCAUCAUGCCUGAGAUUAUGGUUACCGUCCGAUGUGAGGAUCGAAACGACUGCCCUUGGGAUGAGGGGAUCUGGAAAAAGGCAGUCGAUGAUACCCUCUACAACGCCAACGAUGCCUCCAUCGAUGACUAUAUCAAGGAACAAGGUUUGACCCCUGGUUUUGUCAGGAUUCCCGAUAAGCGGUAUAUCCUCAGGCCUGAGGCCAUUGAAUCCAUAUUCAUUCUCUACCGUCUAACAGGAGACUCCUCCCUACUCGACAGAGCAUGGAAGAUGUUCGACACCAUUAUUAAAUAUACAGUCACUGAUAUUGCCCACGCGGCUCUUGACGACUGUACAGCCUCUCAACCCAUCAAGUCUGACCGCAUGGAGUCGUUUUGGUUUGCUGAAACGCUCAAAUACUUCUAUCUCAUCUUCUCGGAACCAGAGGUUGUCAGCCUCGAUGAGUACGUGCUCAAUACGGAGGCCCAUCCGUUUCGAUACCGCUAA